AUGGAGGCCCCCAACUCCCAUCCCUCUCCCUCUCAGUUCGCUGUGGGGUCUAGGGACCAACGUCAUCUCUCUGGUACAGUGAGUUGGGAAGGAUUUGUUGAUGCCGGACAGAACCACUAGCCUGUGUUACAUCCAGAACUUGGCACCCAACAGUGGGCCCUGCCUCCCAGGUCCGCUGGAAACUCAAUAGCAUCUCCUCUCAUUCUGACCCUGGAACAAUCCAAGGCAAGAAACUUCCUGGCCAACACCUCAUUCUGCUGUGAGUUCGUUACCUUCCCUCAGGGUUCCAGAGUUGCCUGUGGAGACCUGAAUAGCUCAGAUCCAGGACCUCUCUGCCCAACUCCAGGCCCCAUUCUUCAAGGAGACCUGACCAGGAUCUUGGGAACCUUGGGGGUUCUCUUGUUUGGUUUCAUCUUUAUACUCUGUCUCCUGUGGCGGCAGAAGCGUUGGUGUUUCAGUAACUCUCAGCCGUCCUCCACCAGCCCCCAGGCACAGGCGCAAACACAGACGCAAAGGCAGGUGAGGCUUGGAGGACGGUUUCUGGAGCGGGGCACCAGCAGUGCCCCACAGCCUGCCAGCCAAGCAUCCCUGGCUGCUCUCCUCUACCCACCACCCGAUUCAGCACCUCUGUGUAAGGCUAUGGUCCACCAUGACCAGCACCUUGCCGCACCAACGAACCCCCGUUGCCUGUCUCCUCAGCUUCCCUGCUUGGCCUCUGCGCGCGGCAGCUUCAUCUCUACUGAGAAUGGACUGUAUGCUCUGGCCAGAGAAAAUUCUUCCCACCCCGUUCCCGACAUCCUUGCUGCCACCGACUGUCUGGAAUACAGGUACCCUGUGCUCGGGAACUCAAUGACAGGCACCCCCAGUCCCUCCAGGCCUUGGGAGAUCCUUUUGCUGAUGCCUUUAUCUUGGACACAGCCCUCCUUGAUCAAUCUUGUUUUAUUUUUCGGCCUCUGAUAAGAGCACAUCCUGCUAGCUAGGAUGUGGUCAGUGUGUGCGCAUAUAUGACCCAGGUGUGGGUGGAGG